AUGGCAUCUUCGUCAUCCCCGGGACUCUUCUCCGCUCCAGCGCCCAUACGCUCACUCUUCAAAUCUUUCCCGCUCGCCGUGCACCCCUCCGAGGCGCUCCCCGCGCGCGCCCCAGAUACGGACGAUGCGCUCCCGCCGCGGCUAUACGUCUUUGCGCACGAGUGUGAUGCGCAACUGGGAUUGCCCAGUUACAACCCGACAUGCUUGAAAUGGCAGACGAUUCUAAGAAUAGCAAACAUUGACGUUCGCCUCGUGUCGUCCUCCAACCACGCCUCGCCAUCGGGCGCCCUCCCGUUUCUGAUGCUCCCAUCGAGCGUACACUCGACAGUAGUACCGCUGACGGGCGAAAAGAUUGCGCGAUUCGCCAAACAACAAGCACCGAGCGCCAAUCUCGACGAUCCCUCGCCGCGCAUCGACGCAUACCAGGCGCUCAUUGCUCACAGUGUCCGGCCCGCAUGGCUUCAUUCUCUAUACGUAAACCCUGCCAACGACGCUCUCCUCACCGCUCUGUACCUCCCCUCCUCGGCGCUCCUUCGGCCGACGCAGCGCCAUACACUCCGCACAGCCGCCACGACGGAAAUACUCGUAGCAACACGCCGCAAGAACGGCGGCAUUGAUGUAGAGGAGCUUCUUCGGGCUGCGGAAGAAGCGUUUGCGGCUCUGGCAGCGCUUCUCGGCGAGGCAGAGUGGUUUCUCGGCGCAGAGGGACCGGGUCUGCUGGAUGCAGAGCUGUUUGCAUACACACAUUUGCUUGUCGGUGGCCAGCUGACGUGGGGUGAUGAAGAGCUGGUGAGCAGGUUGAAAAUGUUUGAUAAUCUGGUGCGUCAUGCGGACAGGCUAUAUCAGCGCUAUUGGAAAAACUGA